UAUACAACACACUAUGUGCAAAACAAAAGUAGCGUUUGAUAUUUACGUUGUCUUUUCGCUCUGUAAACCUUAACCCCGUUUCAUCUCAACAAAAGGACAGUGAGGUAUAGAGUCAUAAACAAAAUCAAAUAAUUUUGGCAGUCUUUUAUCUGCCAACGUGAAGUGAUUGAAUCGAAUUCAUUUUGCUUCCUUGUGAUGUGCUGUUACUCUCGUUGGGUUGAAUUGCUCGGUGUUUAGGUCUUGUUUACUUGUUCAGGAAGUGCUGUUCUAAUAUUGAUAGUGCGAUAUCAAGGUGUUUUUGCGUACAAUUUUUUCACGAGCAGAAGAAAAAUGUUGGAUGUUCCUAGUGAUAAAAAGGUACGUGGCCACCAGCGUGUGCCAUCGGAUACCAAAGAAUUUCACGAGGCUACAAAACGUGACGCCCUGAUACGUUUGCGCAAAGAUUUGGAUAAUCUUCUCAUAACGGCCGAUGAUGCCAAAAAGCAAAACCUUCAGAAGGAGAUGUGUGGCUUUGAAGCGUUGUAUCAUCGUUUUCUGCAGGAGGAUGGGCCAUCGGUAGAAUGGGACCGUAUUCAAAAACUACCCGGAGAAGCGGUUAAGGAUUAUUCCAGUUUAAAAACACCACAGGAGUCCGAAAUUCGUGGAAUGUUGGACAAGCUGGUCGUCGUAAAGUUGAAUGGUGGUCUUGGUACGUCAAUGGGUUGUCACGGACCGAAAAGUGUUAUUCCUGUGCGCAAUGAUCUAACAUUCUUGGAUUUAACUGUGCAACAAAUCGAACACUUGAACAAAACUUACAAUGCCAAUGUUCCCCUGGUUUUAAUGAAUUCGUUCAACACUGAUGAGGAUACUGAAAAGGUUAUUCGCAAGUACAAAGGCUUUCAGGUUCAAAUCUAUACUUUCAACCAAAGCUGUUAUCCUCGCAUAAGUCGUAAUUCAUUGCUGCCAGUAGCGAGAGAUUUCAACAUUGAUAGUGAUAUGGAAGCGUGGUAUCCUCCGGGUCACGGUGAUUUUUACCAAGCUUUUCAAAAUUCUGGAUUACUCAGAAAGUUUAUUGAGGAAGGACGGGAGUAUUGUUUCUUGUCUAACAUCGAUAACCUUGGAGCCACAGUGGAUAUUAAUAUUUUAAAUCGAUUGCUUGGUGACGAUCGACAGGGUGAUAAACACAUUGAAUUCGUUAUGGAAGUAACGGAUAAAACGCGCGCUGACGUCAAAGGUGGUACACUGAUCCAGUAUGAAAACAAGUUACGGCUGCUGGAAAUCGCUCAGGUUCCCAAGGAACACGUUGAUGACUUCAAGUCUGUUAAGACAUUUAAGUUUUUCAACACCAAUAACAUUUGGGCUCGAUUAGAAUCUAUUGAACGUGUUCUUGAUGCUCGGACCAUGAAUAUGGAAAUAAUUGUUAAUAACAAAACCUUGGAUAACGGCAUGCGUGUUAUUCAGCUCGAAACUGCUGUAGGAGCAGCGAUGAAAUGUUUUGAUGGUGGAAUCGGCAUCAAUGUACCACGUUCACGUUUCUUACCAGUCAAAAAGACUUCCGAUCUACUGUUGGUGAUGUCGAAUUUAUAUAGUCUCAAGUAUGGAUCGUUGGUGAUGUCUCCACAGCGCAUGUUUCCCACAACACCACUGGUAAAAUUAGGAGAUAAUCAUUUCAGCAAGGUUAAAGAGUUUCUUGGUCGGUUUGCCAAUAUCCCGGAUUUGAUAGAAUUAGAUCACUUAACUGUAUCAGGAGACGUUACGUUUGGUCGUGGUGUCUCUUUGCGAGGCACUGUCAUCAUUAUAGCUAAUCAUGGCGAUAGAAUCGAUAUACCAGCUGGAGCGAUACUUGAGAACAAAAUUGUAUCCGGUAAUAUGCGUAUUCUGGAUCACUAAACGAGCAGAAGUAGAGCAAUGCUUGAAAUACAAAUAUCUACUCAGGAUUUUCUGUAGACACAAAGUAAGUCAUAUUCAUUCUAGACAUUGUAGUGCAAUGUGCUGCUGAUAUAGUAUAGGUGAGGGUGGGAAAACUUACCAACUCGCAUGCUAUUCUGGUUUAUUUUUUCUGUCACCACCAAAAUUCAUCGAUUUUAAAUGAAAUGUUUUUUUUUUUAAUUGCUCAAAGCAACUUAGGUUUUGAAAAGUGUACCGUACAAUUGAAAAUAAUUAAAAACAGUUGUUCAUGUUUAUCGUUAAAUAAAUUAUGUCGCAUAGUAAA